AUGCCAAGCAGGCGGUACGUUUUCGCCAUGCGGUCGCUCGGCAGGCAACGAGGCGGCACUCUGUUCAAAGAAACCCCAAGCUCGUUGCGGCAGCCAGUUGAACCUGAUAAUCCGUUGCAGUUCGUUAUUAACACGUGUGUUUAUCGCGGAAGCCUCUUCUCGUCGGCGUCUGCACUGAGGUGUUUGCGCGGUCAGCACUCACACGAGGCACAGCGGCGGUGCGGCGUGGCGAAACUGUCGUUGCGGAGCGAGCCGCACAACGAGCAGCGUCCGCUUGCAGUCUCAGAGCAGCGGUGCGUCUUUCGGUGUGGAACGUACCAGAUCAUCGGCGAUCGUCCUAGUGCGGAACAAGGUACAACGUUUCCUGGUGAGGCGUUGCUUCUCUCGGGGUCGACGGACACGGUCUUCGUUUGCGAGGGGAAGGGCGCGGUGGGCCUUGCGGACUGCGGUCACGUUCUCUACGCCACUGAGCGUGGUGUUGUUCGCGCGGCAUUCGCACCGAUUAAGGACACGCGCGAUGUAGAACUGGCGCAUAUGUACACGGCGCAGUACCAUGUGCGCAACAUCUUAGACGGGUUCAUUGAACAGGUGCUUUUUUCUGAAUCGGAGCAAGACACCGCUCGAGGACGAAACUGGCAACCACGCUUCGAACUACUCAGCUGUCUCCGUGAUGCCGUGACGCAUAUGCGGCCGCCCGAAGCAGUGCGUUCGGUGUCGGUGCUGGCGGCAUGUCUCGCAAACAAUGGGAAUCUGCUCUAUGCCGUGCGUACAGGCAAUAUCGGGUUCCUCGUGAUUCGUGAUCAAACAAUUGUGUUCUCGAGCCUCAACGGCAUCGAGGGGAAUCCGGAAACCCAACGCACCAGCAUCACGAUCGAGACGUGUACGGGUGAUGUGGUGCCCAUUUACCUCGACGUGUUCCGACUACGAGCGUACGAUACGGUUAUAUUUGGGACGGAUGGCCUUUUCGAUAAUAUCAGUGAGAGCCAGAUUCUCGCGCUGGUGUGUCCGGUCUCUUCUGCGUAUGAUUCGAAUCUGGCGGUGGCGAAUCGGACCUGCUUGGGCACCUUUACCCACAUAGAUCCAGUGUUGUUAAGCUAUCAACUGGCACAACUCGCACAUAACUUCUCCAGCUGCACCAAUUGCGAUCCUUACAUAUCGGAACGCAUGCCGAGACUUGUUUGUCCUGGGAAGGGUGACGAUGCGAGCGUUAUCGUUGCGCAACUGGAACCCGAAUCCGAACCCGAACCCGAAUCACCUUGA